AGAAAUGAUUGAGCGAAAUGGGUUGGUUGCCCAAAGGGCUAUCUGAUCUGAUCAUGGGGGGAUAGCACAAGGGCUUAAGGCAUUGGUUUGCUAAAUCGACAUACAAGAAGAUUGCAUCAUGCAUGGGUUCGAAUCCCAUUUCUUCCAGUCUUUUCCUACCGAACACUUUCCUGCUCAAGAUAGGGUACUAGAAAGGGAUCAUACGAAGGCUAUGUUAUUUUUUUAGAUCUAGCCUGAAUGACUCCUAAACUAAAGGUUUUCAUUAUAUCUAAAGUGUGCAGUGAGGGAUCUUUAUAUUAUAGGUAGCCAGUCUUUACUUCACUCGACCCAAGCAAUGCCCAAAGAGUCCCAUGCCUUUCUUGGUCGGACCAAGCCAACUGGCGAUUUCUGACAAGUCUUUCCUAAUUUUUAGAGCAAGAAGCGGAACUACAGGAAAGCUUUCUUUAUCUUUAUGGAUAACCAAUUCAUUUUCAAAUAUAGUUGGGAGACUUUACCCAAGAAAUGUAAAAAAAUGGAAAGAUCGGAACAUGGGAAUAGCUCUGAUACCAAUACGGACUGCCCAUUUCAAUUGUUGUGCUUUCUUAAAUUGCAUACCUAUACAAGGGUUCAAGUUUCGAUCGAUAUUUGCGGAGUUGAUCAUCCCUCUCGAAAACAAAGAUUUGAAGUGGUCUAUAAUUUACUGAGUACUCGGUAUAACUCACACAUUCGUGUACAAACCAGUGCAGACGAAGUAACACGAAUAUCCCCGGUAGUCAGUCCAUUUCCAUCAGCCGGCCGGUGGGAGCGAGAAGUUUGGGAUAUGUUUGGUGUUUCUUCCAUUAAUCAUCCAUAUCUACGCCGUAUAUCAACAAAUUAUGGUUUCGAGGGUCAUCAAUUACGAAAAGACCUUCCUCUGAGUGAAUAUGUGGAAGUACGCUAUGAUGAUCCAGAGAAACGUGUGGUUUCUGAACCCAUUGAGAUGAUAGAAGAUAUGAACCGAUCAAUCGAUACGAUAGAAGAGGAGCUCCGAAGGUUCCUCUCUUCAUUCUUCUCGGAUGAUAAGUCGAGCUAA